AUGGCUCAAAAACGCGAAAGAAGUGUCAAUUUUUCCCGAGAAGAAGUCGACACUUUAAUAAAGUUGGUGGAAAAGAAUAAACUUGUUAUUGAAAACAAAAAGAGUGAUGCGGUAACGUGGGCCGAAAAAGAACGUUGCUGGAAAUCAAUUGAAAUUGAUUUCAACUCUGCUAGUGGCGUUACUUUUCGUAGUGCUAAAACAUUACGUCUAAAAUAUGAGGGCAUCAAGCGAGACACCAGGAAGAAGUCGGCAUUAAUACGGGCCGAGACUUAUCAAACUGGAGGAGGUCCAAGUUCAGCGCCUGUCUUGACUCCCAGUGAAGUCAAAGUAAAAGAAAUGAUUUUGUUGUCAAUUGAUGGCAUGGACAGCAAAUUCGAUUCAGAUCACCUACCAAAUACAGUGGUGUCCGUUGCUAUUAUAUAUAUUAAUAAGAGGCCCGAGCUCAGCAUUACCACCAUAUUUUUUAUUACAGUGUCCUUUUCACCAUCACAAAAUACUUGCAGCUCUUCUGGUCUUGGUACAGUGGACACAGAAAAACUUAUAUUAAAUAUACAAAAUCAAGAUGAUAUCGUGACUUGCCCUUCUGUUGAAUCAGAAGAGGUACAAUGUAUUGAAAACAAUAUUAAGGAAACACCUGUUCGUCCGUUGAAACGAUCGUUGUUUGACCAUCUUGAAAGUAAUUCAGAAGGAGAUGAAAACAAUAAGAGAUGGUCUCAGUGGAAGCCUGCAUCUUUAAAAUCAAAAAAGCACCCAGCUUUGUGUAUACCAAAACCUAAAAAACCCUUUGAGAGAGUAGCAGAAUCUAAAUUAGAAAUUAUUGAACUACAGAAGACAAUUCUUGAAGAGGAAUUGAUAAAUAAUAGAAAGAAAUUUAGCUUUGAAGAAAAAGAAAUGGAGCAACGACAGAAAGAAUGGGAGGAACAAAAAAAGAGGUGGAACUUUGAAGAAGAAGAAAGGCAACACAAGAGGGAAUUAUGGGCCUUGGAAAAAGAAUUAAUAUUAAAAAAAAUAAAAGAAUAAUAAAAUACUUUUAUAUGUA